AUGUCGAUACCCAAGAAUGUUGAUGAUCAGAAUUCAAAUUCUAACAAUUAUCAAGAUAAUAUUCGUUUGGUGAAUGAAGCUAUAGGGACAACGGCAGAAAUAAACAUCGAUACAGGUAUUUAUAAAAUUUAUUUUAUUAAAUUUGAUGUAAACUACCGGUAUUUGUAUUAAUUUUUAAAACCAAGAAGUUGUUAAAUAAGUUUCAUUCAUUAGAUAUUUUCUUAACAAUCUUAAAACCCUAAAAAACGGAGUUUUUAACUACCGCUGAAUAUCAUUUAAAAGCGGAUAAAAUGUAUUAUUAAUUUUAUUGAUUAGGUCAUCUUAGAAAACAAUAAAUUUAUUUCACUGUAAUAGAUGAGAUGAGUAACUUUUCCUGCCUGUAUAUUUUAUUCUUUAAAACUAUUUAUCUCAUUCUCAGGUGAUCCAGCUGAAGAAUGGCAAUCAACAGGAAUAAAUUAUAAUGAUCAUAGAACAAAUUCUGGAAAUGAUCAAGAUGAUAUUCAGUUAAUUAAUAGGGCCAAAGGAAACUCGGAAGAAAUUAAUAUCAAAGACGGUAUUUAUAAAGUUUUUUUAAAUAUAGUUAGUAUUAUUUUCUCCGGUAAUUUUAUUUAAAUUGUAUACAAGAGUUUGAUAAAUAAAAUACAAUUAUUAAAUACUUUCUUAAGGAUAUUUUGAAUACCAUCGAAACCGGUGAUUUGCCGACGAUUCAAUACCAAUUAAAAACACAAAUAAUGUAUAAGAUAGUUAACUUUUUACGUAAUCAUUGAUUACGAAUAGCAACUUCACAAUAAUAGAUAAAAUAAGCUUUUUUUCUGACAGCAUAUUAUAUAUUCUUUAUAAAUAACUAUAUUAAUCUUUGGUGGUGCGGAUGAAGGAUCCCAAAAAGCGGGUAUAAAUAUUGAUCAGCGUUCAAAUUCUGAAAAAGAUCAAGACCUUAAUUGUUUGGUCAAUAAUACCAUCGGGAACUUCCCAGAAAUUAACAUCGAUGCAGGUUUUUAUAUAAUUUAUUUUAACAAAUUUGAUGUUAAAUUCAAAUUAAACUAUUUAUUUUUAUAUUCAAGAAUUCGAUGAAUAAAUUACAUUCAUUAAAUAUUUUCAUAAUAAUAUUUUAAAUACGUUUUUGCCUACCUUUGAAUAAAAUAUAAAAUCAGAAAGAAUACUACAAUUAAGUUUAUUGAAUAUUUAAUCUUAAAAACCAUAUAUCAGUUUAAAAGUAAAACAAAAAUAGAUGAAAUAGGUAAUUUAUAAUGUUUAAAUCUUACAAAUUAUUCUAAUGUUUUCAGCUGGAGCAGCAGAAGGAUUGCAAUCGGCGGCCAUACGCGUAGUUGAUCAGCCUUCAAAUUCAGGAAAUGAUCAAAGGGAUAAUCGUUUGAUCAAUAUUAUAAGGACUUCUGCCGAAAAUACAAUCAAUGCAGGUAUUAAUACAAUUUUUUUUGUUUUUAUAUGUAAGUAAUGGUUAAAUAACUUACAUUCAUUUGAUACUUCUUUCAAAAAUGUUUAAAGUUCCAUUAAGAUCGAUGUUUUUACCUACCGUUUUAUAAAAUUUAAAAAAAAUAUAUAGCGUAUUAUUCAGUUUAUUGAUGAGGUGAUCAAAGAACACAAAUAUCAAUUUCGGUGUAAUAGAAUAAAUAAAUAAUUUCUGUCUAUAUAUUUUAAUCCUUAAAAAUAACUAUAUUAAUCUUUGGUGGUACUGAUGAAGGAUGUCAAACGUCGGGUAUAAAUGUUGAUCAGCGUUCAAAUUCAGGAAAUGAUCAAGAUAAUUCUCGUUUAGUCCGUAACACUGUGAGACCUUUCGCAGGAUUUAACAUCGAUGCAGGUAAUAUAACAAAUUAAAACUAUGUCCAAAAUAUAAAAAAAAUUGUAUUUGUCUUAGGUGUUACAGUUGAAAAAUGGCAACCACCGUUUAAUAAUAUUGAUGAUAUUCGUUCAUUUUUUGGAAAUGAUCAGGAUGAUAAUUCAUUGGUCAAUAAUACCAUUGGNUAAUGUAUUUAUUUUUAUAUUCAAGAAUUUGAUGAAUAAAUUACAUUCAUUAAAUAUUUUCACAAUAAUAUUUAAAUACGAUUUUGGCCUACCUUUGAAUAAAAUAUAAAAUCACAAAGAAUGCUACAAUUAAAUUUAUUGAAUAGUUAGUCAUAGAAAACAUAUACCAGUUUUAAUAUAACACUAAAAAAGAUGAAAUAGGUAAUUUAUAAUGUUUAAAUCUUAAAAAUAAUUCUAAUGUUCUCAGUUGGUGCAGCAGCGGGAUUGCAAUCGGCGGCCAUACGUGUAGUUGAUCAGCGUUCAAAUUCAGGAAAUGAACAGGGUGAUAAUCGUUUGAUCAAUAUUAUAAGGUCCUCUGAAGGAAUUACAAUCGUUGCAGGUAUUAAUACAGUUUAUUUUUAUGUACAAAUACAAAAAAAAAAAUUGUAUUUGUCUUAGGUGUUACAGUUGAAAAAUGGCAACCACCGUAUAUAAAUAUUGAUGAUAUUAGUUCAAUUUUUGAAAAUGAUCAAGAUGAUUCUCGUUUAGUCCGUAACACUAUGGGUACUUUCGCAAGAUUUAACAACGAUGAAGGUAUUAAUACAGUUUAUUUGUAUGUUCAAAUUAUAAAAGAAAAUUGUAUUUGUCUUAGGUGAUACGGUUGAAAAUUCGCAACCACCGUUUAUUAAUAUUGAUGAUAUACGUUCAAUUUUUGAAAAUGAUCAAGAUGAUUCUCGUUUGAUCCGUAACACUAUGGGUACUUUCGCAAGAUUUAACAACGAUGAAGGUAUUAAUACAGUUUAUUUGUAUGUCCAAAAUAUAAAAAAAAUUGUAUUUGUCUUAGGUGUUACAGUUGAAAAAUGGCAACCACCGUUUAAUAAUAUUGAUGAUAUUCGUUCAUUAUUUGGAAAUGAUCAGGAUGAUAAUUCAUUGGUCAAUAAUACCAUUGGGACCUUCCCGGAAAUUAACGUCGAUGCAGGUGUUUACAUAAUUUAUUUUAACAAAUUUAAUGGUAAAUUCAAAUUAAUGUAUUUAUUUUUAUAUUCAAGAAUUUGAUGAAUAAAUUACAUUCAUUAAAUAUUUUCACAAUAAUAUUUAAAUACGUUUUUGGCCUACCUUUGAAUAAAAUAUAAAAUCACAAAGAAUGCUACAAUUAAAUUUAUUGAAUAGUUAGUCAUAGAAAAUAUAUAUCAGUUGUAAUUUAACACUAAAAAAGAUGAAAUAGGUAAUUUAUAAUAUUUAAAUCUUAAAAAUAAUUCUAAUGUUCUCAGUUGGUGCAGCAGCGGGAUUGCAAUCGGCGGCCAUACGUGUAGUUGAACAGCGUUCAAAUUCAGGAAAUGAUCAAAGUGAUAUUCGUUUGAUCAAUAUUAUAAGGACCUUUGCAGAAAUUACCAGUGAUGCAGGUAGAAUACAAUUUUUUUUAAUUAAGUUUAUGUGGUUUUCGAGUAAUUUAAUUUAUUUUUGUUUUCAAAAAGUUGAUAAAUCAGUUACAUUCAUUAUGUAUUCUUUUCAUAAUAUUUAAAUUCACAUCAAUAUCGAUGUGCAUUACAUUAUUAUUUUUUUUUUUUUGAUAAGGUAUUCAUAGAACACAAAUAUCAAUUUCGGUGUAAUUGAAAAAUAAAUUUUUUUUUUGCCUAUAUAUUUUAUUCUUUAAAAAUAACUAUCUUAAUCUUUGGUGGUGCAGUUGGAGGAUCCCAAAUAGCGGACAUAAUUGUUGAUCAGCGUUCAAAUUCUGGAAAUGGUGAAGGUGAUAAUCGUUUGGUCAAUGAUACCAUAAGGACUUUUGCAGAAAUCAACAUCGACACAGGUAGUUUUACAGUUUAUUUUUAUGUCCAAUAAAUGGGUAUAAAAGUUACAGUCAUUAGAUAUUUCAUUUAAAAUAUUUUAAAUUCCAUUAAAAUCCAGGUUUUUGACUACCAUUGAAUAUAAUUUAAAAUAAGAUAGUAUGUAUUAUUCAGUUUUUAUAUUAAGUAUUCAUAAAACACAAAUAUUAUUUUCAUGGUAAUAUAUAAAUAAAUUAUUUUUGUAUAUAUUUAUUAAUAUUUUAAAAUAAUUUAUUAUUCCUUGAUGGUGCAGAAGAAUUAUCCCAAUCAGCGGACAUAUGUGUUGAUGAUCAGCGUUCAAAUUCUGGAAAUGAUCAAGGUGAUAAUCGUUUGAUCAAUUUAUUUGAUAAUUAA